UCUUGUUCGGAGCUCACUCGCGAUGAAAUACAUCUCUAUCUUCUUCCCUAUUGUAGUACUAGUCGAAGCCGAGAUUAUUCCUGGAUCCCCCAUCCGAGGCGCAGCGUUGCAUGGUCUGGCUGGCCCUUCUAACUUCUCCUAUCCUCUGAACUGCUCGAAGGAUGUUAAGCCGAAGGAUGUGCCAUACUGUGCUACCGGAGAGCUCGACGUCGGAGUGAAAUCAGCUAUCAAUUUCGACACUUACCUGUUUGAUGUUAAGGACCCCACCGAGACUGUGCUGUUCGGGCUCAAUGUCACUAUUGAUAAGGGCAUCCCGGAAUCCUUCGAAGUUCUAACUGGUGGCCACGCCGCUCCCGGCCUGGUCGAUUUGUUACCAACAGUCGUACCAGGUCUCCUGAGGAUAGCCCCUAUAAUAUACACAAGUGGAGGUGGUGCGGGGAAGUACGAUCCAGAGACCAAGAGCUAUUCAGCUAAGUUCGACAUCUCUUUCCGGGCUGGAGUGUAUAUUUUUGGAAAGAAGUUAGUCGUGGGGCAACCUAUCUACGGUGUUGGUAACGCCUGGGCUAAACCUCAUAACGACAUCGGCCUCAGCGCAAUUGUGACCAACUCUGUGAACUCGUAUGACGAACUAAGCUUCAAUCUCACCAAUUCGAUCACUACCGUGAACGGCUCCAUUUUAACGUGGCACAUCUAUAGCGGGAUGAGUGUCUUUGUGAACACGUCUUGGACUGGCCCGUAUUAUGCUAAUCAAACUUUCGUGAAUAAGACGAUUCAACUAGCAUCUCCAAAAUAGUGUUUCGCUGUGCGACGGAAAGCGGGGGUUUUCCGAACCAUCAUCUAGUCAAUCCUUGGGGUCUUUUGGACGAUUGUCUCUAGCAUUUAAUCAGUAAUCGUCUUUCAUCAUUCGUCCCGUACAUCACGGUCUGUAUGGAGCAAGUUCGAUAGCGGGAUGAACUACUAGAAUCUGAGAACUUAUUGAGAAGAGUCUGCUUGGGCAUCCUUCCUUUG